AUGCCUGAAAAACCAAAAGAUUUUCAAACAACUAAAUUAGAAAAAUUUGACAAGCAUAUGAAUAAACCAAUUCAAGCAAUUAAAAAAUUGAAAGAUCAUUUUCAUAAAUUAAGUAAGAAAAAUAAAUCUGUAACAGCAGGUACUAUUUUACCAGUUACUCGAACUGUCGAUAAUAAUACAAGUAAAACAACUAAUGCAUCACGUACAACGGAUACAUCGCGUAGCGUAAUUUUUCAUUCUGUUGAAUCCACUCGUAACAAUGAAUCAUCACACGAAUCAUUUAUUAAUCGUAAUGUUGAACAAGUGGAAUCACAUAAUAUAAAAGAAAAUGAUAAAAAUGUUGAAUUAAUAGGAAAAAAGACCGAUAUCACAAACGAAAAAUCGCUAAUGAAUAGUCAAAAAUCGCCGCCAAAUGGAAAUGUUCGAUCAUCAUCAUCAUUUUUAAUGGAUUCAGAUAAAAUUGAAGCUAUAAAAAUUAAAUCACCCGUCGAAGUAAAAGUCGAAAAUUUAAGUGAUAAUGCAAUCGAACAACAACUUGCAUCAUUAAAUCAACGUUUAAAAAUAUUGAUAGAUGAAAACGAAAUGAUAAAAAAGCAUGAAGAACAGCUCUUUAUGACCAAAAAUCAAAUCCUUGCUAGAAUUGAUGUUUUAAAGAAGCAAAUUAGUGGAGCUAUGGAUCAUUAUCGCAUUAUAGCGCAUUCUUGCCGGGAAAAAAUUGAGAGGGAAGAAAUUCUUCAAAAUGAAAUGUUAAUGGAUUUAAAAGAGAGAGUUGAUAAACUUAAUGAUAUGUGCACAGAUAUUAAUAAUCAAGCAGAUGAUAUGAUAGUGACAUUGAAUACUUAUAACGCUGGUAAAAGUGAUGCAUUAUAUAUGAUUACUGCAUGUUCGGUUGAUUUUAUUGUACGCUUUUUCCAACAAAUUUAUACGACAAUUAUUUCAAUUACAAAGCAUUCUACAAAAGUAUUACUGGUAACAACAAAUUCAAUAUCACCAAAUACUAUUAGCAAAAGGGAAGAAAAUUGA